AUGCUUCCGGACAACAUCGCCAACAGCUACCGAGAAUAUAAAGCUGAUACCGAGAUCUUCGUUACGUGGCUUGUUGAAACGGCUAGUCGCUGUGGCUUCAUCCCUUCUACCACUGCGCCAGCUCCCGCUACAGCUGGUGGCCGACUCAAGGGGAAAGCGCGCGCGGCUGAACCCAAAGCCCCCAAAGCCAAGUCUUCGCAAGCGCGCAGAAUUACCAUUAAUGAUUUGAAAACAUGCGCCAGUGCCAUAGCAGAGAAACCUCCUAAGAAGUUCGUGGUGCCACUCUACGCCAGCAGAGCAGCAGCUCGAGCGAUCCGCCACCGUACCAAGUCGACACUGUGGCACGAAACUCAGACUCAAAAUGUUGAUGAAGAUCUAAAGCCUGCUUUCGCUGCGAGUAAUGAGGCGCACGCUACUUUUACGGGAGCUUUGGGAUAUGUGCUUGAUCUGCUGAAGCCUUUCAUCACUACUGGCAAAGCGACGCCUAAGCCUGGUGAACCUACUACGCAGACCCCCAUUGACGGCCUCAGCACAAGAUUCAGCAAUCUCGACAUCGAGGAAUUGGCAGAACAAGAGCCUGAAAGUGGUGGACAGACGACCACCACUGCCAGACCAGCGCCAACUUCGAAGACGACAUAUACUGUCGAUAACCAAAAGGAAGAUCGUUUCAUCGCCAUGAGCAUGUUGAUAAGGGACUACAAUCAGAUCAAGACUAUUGUCACAGCAACCUGGGAUCAUUACCGCCAGAAUGACGAUGUCGACCUAGUUUCGGCGGCGGCAACAACCCAAGCGGCUAUGCAGAUGACAAAGAGCUUGGUAAAUGACUUCUCGAACUCGUUCCCCGAGAUAGUGGACGCUGAGGACUUCUGGCAUAAGUUUCUUGAUGACCCCAAGAUCCGCAACAACAUUAGCAGAGAAACGGACGAAAAUCGCGCGAUAUUACAAACUUCCGGUGAGGAAGUAGACGAGUUCCUCUGCCAUGCCAGGCUCCCAAAUCGCUUACUCAACUAUGGGUUGCAAGUUCUCACAAACGCUCUCGAUGACAUCGUAUGGAUGAUCAUAGGAGUUCAUAUAGAACCGCCAGCCAUGGAUAACUUUACGAAAGCAUGGUAUACGCACCUGAAGCGAGGCAUCUCCGAUGAUGGCAAGGAUGUUCCACACCAUCGGUAUGCAAAAGACAUCUCCAUCGAGAUGAUGCUGUACACCGAUCUCUACCUUGCUGUACAGGAUAUUCUUACUCCAUUAGAGUCGCCAUCGCAAGAGUCACCAUCGCAGGAGUCACCAUCGCAAGAGACACUAUCGCAAGAGACACCGGCAGAGGAGACGCCAGCAGAGGAGACGCCAGCACAAGUCCGAAAAGAUUACCAUGACCUGUGGAAGUACGUCCGCAGAGAAGGACGCGUACACAGAUUGCUGAAAGCGCCCUUUAUUCAAGGUAAAAGGGAGCGCGCAAUGCUGACAUCCUUCUUCCGCGAUCCUCUUGUUGCGGAGAGAAGACUCAGCUGGUUGAGUUCUGAUCCAAUUUGGGUCGCUCGCGCAGAGAGUGCGAAGAAAGAAGAACAUUGGGAAGUGAUGCCGCAUUCACUCUACAAUCGCAAUUGCUACGAUUUCAUCACCAUGAAUCCCUUCCUUGCUGGACUCAUUCUAUUCGUGGCUGUGCAUGCCACUUGUGAUCUCUCGCUUCUUACGCAGAACACGGAUGGACUAGUACUUGGAUAUGCGCAUCUCUUCAACUUCCUUCGGCAAGCACAUAGUGCGAAUAAUGCAGACUCGUCUGAAAAACUACUCACGAGAGAGUGGGAAGACAUGGAGGCAGCGAUUGAUUUACUUGGCGAGUCCAAUUUCUUUAAGGGCAACAGACCGAUUGCACUUGACAUGUGUAUUCAACGCCUGCUUCGUGCACAUGGAAUGAAGGCGAGCGAUCUUGCACGUGACGCUGGUCGUGUCAAGAAGGGAACAAGGGCCUACGACAGUGGUCAAAUAAGCGCCAUCAGCACUCCACUCACCAACCUCAUCUUCUCGGACGGCGGGCCUAGCAAAACUACGUUUCUCAAUAUUACAAAUCAAGCCAUCUCGGAGCUUCUAAUGCAGGAAGCUGAGACGUAUGCUAGCGACACAUUAGAUCCCAAAAUCAUCAAGGGGGCUUGGGCAGCCGGGCCUCUUAUCAUGUUCCGCGUGCUUCUACAGCGCGAGUUGCCAGCGCUCCUCUUUCCUCUCGACACCGUACAAUCUCACUGCUCUGAGAUCAACAAGAAGAUAUUUGCAGCUCUGGAUUCGACAAUGGCGCAGCCAAAUGUUCGCUCAAAGCUAUGGAUGAACUGGCAAAAGAAAGGAACAAUACCUGUCAACUUACUGUUCUACGAACGUGGUUACCACAAGCAGAGUCAGGCUCCUGGGCCGAUCCCCAAAGAUGUGACUGGAGUGCAUAGUCUUCCCAUUCACGAAGCCGCCGAAAUCAUAACCGAUUACCUGGACGAGCUACGCAGAAAGCGUGAGAAUGCGGAAUGCAAAACGGUUCUCGAUCACUAUGCAAAGUAA